AUGUCCACAACCCAGCGUAGCAAGAAUAUGAAUUCAUUUUUUGAUGGCUAUGUAGAUGCUACCACGCCAUUGAAAAAGUUUGUUGGAGACUAUGAUAAUGCUUUAGCCAGGAUGGUCGAGAAUGAGAAGAUAGCUGAUUUUGGUUCAUUUCAGCGAAAGAUUCCUUGUAUUACAAUUCAUGCAAUUGAGAAGCAACUUCAAGAGGUAUACACUAAUGCCAAGUUCAAAGAGAAAGUCAUGCAAUUGCCAUCCAAGUAUAUUCUUGAUUGUUGGAGAAAGGAUUUGAAAAGAAAGUACACGAUAAUACAGAGUAGCUAUGAUGACCUUGGUGACAAUCAUGAAGCACAAAGGUUCAAUGAUUUGUGUAAUGAUCAUUGUGAAAUUGCUUUACUUACUUCAAAGGAUCAUGAGACCCACAUAAAGUGGAAGAAUCAUAUGCGCAAGUUUAAGGACAAAGAGUUGAGUCAGAAUAGUACAAGGAGUGAGUAUGUUGUGUCUCAUGACAGUCCAAGUGAAACCAAAUAA